AGACGGCGGUCGGGUAGGUGACGGUUUGGUUGGGGUCGCUGCAAGGGGGCUACUAGGAGCGCCGAGGCGUGAGUCGUAGCCUGUGGCUUGGGGUCGGGAGUGCAGGAGGCGAAAAUGUUUGCCAUCCUUUUGAAAGUCUGGCCUGGGUGCGGGAGUUCGGUCAUCGAACACUUACUGAGAGCCAAAUACCUGCCAGGCACUGCCCUGGGCUCCAGGCACACAUCAGUCAACGAACGGAAGGGCCCUGCUCUCAAGCAGUGCGAGAAGCAGAUUAUAAACAAGUCAACAAACAGGAUUAUCUAAGGUGGUAGUAAGUGCUGUAAAGAAAUUUAGACUGGAUAAAGUGAUGGAACGAAGUGGGAGAGUAACAAGCCGUAUGAAAAUCUGGAAUAGAGCAUUCCAGGCAGAAUAGCGCGUGCAAAGGCCAUAUAGUGGGAACAAACUUAGCAAAGUCAAGGAAAAGACAAAGGCCACUGGCUAGAGCAAAAGGAGCAAGGUGAGAAUGGAGAGAGAUGAGGCAAGGGACUUGAGCCCAAAUCUUGUAAGGCUUGUGGGCAAGGAUGAAGAGUUUGAUUUUUAUUUGGAACCCAGUGGAAAACCAUUGAAGGUUUCUAAGCAGAUGAGUGACAUGAUCUGAUUUAUGACUUUAAGAUUACUCCUGGGCCCUCAUCAGAAAGAUGCAGCUCUUCUGUUGCCGUUGAGCAGUGAAAAUGCAUGAAAUCCAGACUGACAGAGCUAGGAAGAUAUUAAAAUCAAUCUUAUUGUACAGAUAGGAAAAAUUGAAUCCCAGAGAGGUGAAGGGACUUAGCCUUUAAGAACUCAUGUUUUCCAACUCCAUUUAAUGCCCUCGGAAUUAUCAUCUUAAUUCCCAGAUAAGAGUAAUUGUCACUUCUAAAACUCUUCAGAUAUUUUCCUUUGCUUUUGACAAUGAUUCUCUAAAUUUAGGUUCAUCAAUAUCACCUGGAAGCUUGUUAAAAUUCCAAAAAAAACAACAAAAAAAACCCGCUUAAAUAUAAAAUGGAUCAUUUCCUCUGAUUUUCUGUUGUAAUGGAAAAUGCAUAGAAUUUGGGGCUAAAGUAUGGAAUCCUGGGAAGCCACUUAUUUUUUAAAUGCUGCUGCUAAUUGUGGCAGCAGUUCUCAAACUUUUUGAUCUUAGAAUUUCUUUAUACUUUUAAAAUUUAUUGAGAACUUCAAAGCGAUUUGUUUAUAAUAGCUAUCAAUAUUUACUAUUUUAGAAAACAACUUUCAAAAAAGGUUAUUCAUUUUAAAAUAAACUCAUUAUAUGUUAACAUAAAUAGCAUUUCUAUAAAGGAUAUUUUCCAAAACGAAAAAUUAUUGAGAAUGGCAUUGUUUCACAUUGUUACAAAUCUCUUUAAUGUCUGGUUGAAUAAAAGACAGCUAGAUUUUUGUAACUUCUACCUUCAUUCUCUUACAAUGUCAAUCAUCAUGUACCUCUAGAAAAUUGCACCAUAUUGUUUGAGAAUGUGAGUGAAAAAGGGAUAUGUCCUAAUAUUAUGUAAAUUGUUUUGAAACAGUGUCAGGGACACCCAGGAGUUCCUGCACCACACUUUUGAGAAUUACACUGAAUUACAGUGAUUGUCAUGCCAGUAAAAGAAAUAUGAGUUUGAUUUGUAAAUCAAUAAACCUAUAUGCACAUUAAAAAUGCAGAUGCCCAGGCAUCCCCUAGAGAUCCCAAUUCAAUAAGUCUGUGGGGUCAAGAAAUCUGCAUCUUUAACAAGCACCACAGAUUAAUUUGAUAUAAAUGGUCUAAAAAUUACAGAGUGAGAAAACCAGUCAAAUGAUUCUCUAGAGUGUUCUGCCUACUAAAACUCAAGAUAGGUUUCUUUCCUUAUCUUCACCUCUCUCCAUCAAUAGUUUCCAGAGCCUGAAGCUCUGGAAAGUUAAUAAGUUUGUAGCAGACACCUUUCACACUACCAAGUCGAUGAGUGUCUGAACUCAAAAUUUUGAGCACUUGCCACAGGCAGUGGCCCUGUGCUAAGGACAGAAGGUUUUUAGACUCUGAUUCAUGAGCUUAUAGUCUUUUGAACGGAUAACUAACUGCUAAGAGGAAAACUGUAGCUAUUCAGCAAAUAACUAUGGCAAAAAGGAUAUAAGUUUCGGGUAUAACUGAAAUAAUCCUGGGUUUCAAGCAAAGCUCUGAUAAAUACAGAAGAUGUUUUUCCGGGUGCCAGAAGAUUAUGUUGAAGUUUGAGCUCAAACUGACCAAAUGCUAGUUAUGAGGUUCUCUCCUCACAUCUUUUAAACUUGAAGACUAGAAAAUAUAACUGGAUCUACCACUUGUUUGGAAAAUUUCUCUACCAUGCAAUAAAUUACCCGCUGUGCUCUUGUUGUAGUAUAGAAGUUUUUGAGUUCUCCAAAUCAAAACAAGAUUUUCUUCCAUUUUCCCAUGAAGCUACAUUGUUGCUUAUUCACUUUAGUGGCAAGUAUUAUUGUGCCAGCUGCUUUUGUUUUGGAAGAUGUGGACUUCAACCAAAUGGUUUCACUGGAAGCAAAUCGUAGUUCUUACAAUGCAUCCUUUCCCUCAAGCUUUGAACUCUCAGCAAGUUCCCACUCGGAUGAUGAUGUCAUCAUAGCUAAAGAGGGAACUAGCGUUUCAAUUGAGUGUCUUCUCACGGCCAGUCACUAUGAAGAUGUCCAUUGGCACAAUUCAAAAGGACAGCAACUGGAUGGCAGAGGCAGAGGUGGAAAGUGGUUGGUUUCUGAUAACUUCCUAAACAUCACCAAUGUAGCUUUUGAUGACCGUGGGCUCUAUACCUGUUACGUCACCUCUCCAAUUCGUGCCUCCUACUCUGUCACCCUACGUGUUAUCUUCACCUCGGGAGACAUGAGUGUCUAUUACAUGAUUGUUUGCCUGAUUGCCUUUACAAUCACCCUCAUCUUGAAUGUCACACGGCUGUGCAUGAUGAGCAGCCAUCUUCGCAAGACUGAGAAGGCCAUCAAUGAGUUCUUUAGAACUGAAGGGGCUGAGAAACUUCAGAAGGCCUUUGAGAUUGCAAAACGUAUCCCCAUCAUUACCUCAGCCAAAACUCUGGAGCUCGCCAAAGUCACACAAUUUAAGACCAUGGAGUUUGCUCGUUAUAUUGAAGAACUGGCAAGAAGUGUCCCUCUUCCACCUCUUAUUCUAAACUGUCGAGCCUUUGUUGAGGAGAUGUUUGAGGCUGUGCGAGUGGAUGACCCUGAUGACCUGAGUGAAAGAAUUAAAGAGAGACCUGCCUUGAAUGCUCAAGGUGGCAUCUAUGUCAUUAACCCAGAAAUGGGACGGAGUAAUUCACCAGGAGGAGAUUCAGAUGAUGGCUCUCUGAAUGAACAAGGCCAGGAAAUAGCGGUUCAGGUUUCUGUCCACCUUCAGUCAGAAACCAAAAGUAUUGAUACAGAGUCUCAAGGCAGCAGUCAUUUCAGUCCACCUGAUGAUAUAGGAUCUGCAGAAUCUAACUCUAACUACAAAGAUGGGGCAUAUGAAAACUGUCAGCUGUAACCUACAGUGCUGUAACCCAGUACCUACAAAAUCAGCUCUCAGAAAAGGAAUCUGUUUCUUAGAAGAAAUAACAUUUUUGCCAAAAGAUGACUGGGGUUUUUCCCUUUGUUAAUAUUAAGCACAUCAGAACGUGAAUUGCCAAAGUCUUCAUUAGAAGGCAGCAUUUUUCCUAUCUGAUACUUUUCAGUCAUUUUCCUUAGAGCUUGAUUAAAUUAUGCAUGCUAAGAUUUAAAGGAGCCCCAGAUAAACAUGAUGGGAAAAGCACUGAACUAAGAGUCCCAUGGUUUCUCUUCUGGUCACAGUUCUUCCAUUGGUUGGAUCUGAUACUUGGGACUUCAGUUUUUCCGUCAAUAAGAUGAGGGAUUAGGUGAGAUCUGAAGUUGUUUCUAGCUCUAUAGCUUGUUAACCCAUCACGUUUAAAUUACCAGAAUCUUCACUCAUCUCUAAGUAAACCUUUCCCUGGACUUUUACUCGCUUCUUUUGGAAAGUAUUAAGCUGAGAUCUAAAUUUCCACACCAAUGUCAUAAUGCACAGAGGUUUUUGAAAAACAUCUGAGUGUUUUUCAGAUGUUUUGCCAUGUGGAGCAUAUAAUGAUAUGUGCAAGGUUGAAUCUUUUCAAUGUGGCACAUGUCUCUAUGGUUAUACAGAUGUCAGGGAGCUAACUGCUCAUUUGUAAACUACUUUCCAUGAUUAAAUUGGUCCUUGGUGGGGGUGUAUCAUCUUUUUAACUUACUGAGACAUCAUUUUAGUUCAUUGAGGUUGGCAGGGAUUUCCCAACUGAUCUUCCAAAGUGAGCAGUUUAGUUCUAAGGAAUAACGUCUUUGAUGCUUUUAAAAUAAGAACAGUGUCAAAUCAUCUGUCUUCUGGAAAAUCAUGGAUUUUCAUAUUUCUGUUAAUAGAAUUUCUCAGGCUUUCCCUUUUUAAAAGUAUUAGACUCUACAAAUAGGUUCUAUAUUUGGGAUCUCAUCCUAGGAGAAAACCCAGAACUGGAUUCCUCUUAAGACCUCUGUCAACCCUCCUGCCCUUUGUGGUCUUAAGUAUGGUGCUAUAGGUUGCAUGCCUCUUUAUCUUGUUUAUUUGGUUAAUAUUUUGUUGUUGAGGUUUUUAUUUUUGUUUACUUCAGAUACAUAAUUCUGAGCUAUAGCUGCUUUUGUAGCCUUUCCGAGAAGCACUAACCUGAAAUAAGAUUGGAUAAUUGUGAGGAUGUGUUACCAUAUUAAAAUACACACACAACUGAUCUAGACAUCAAGAGGAAGAAAAAUGAUGGAUGAUGCCACCUGGUUCAACUGUAUACAAUAAACACUUAAGAUGACAUUUCUUGCCUGGCUGAGAUCUGAUAUAAUGGAACUGUAAAUACUCUUCAGAACAAUUUCUUCAGCUACAGGAAGCGUGGUGCCAUAUAAUUUUAAGAACUUGGCAGUGGAGCUCCAUUUGGGGCUUCACGUUUCUUCAUUUGACUUCUGAUUAUUGAAGCAUUGCUUCAGCUAGAGGCUCCUGAGGGAAAUGUUCAGAGGAGGUUUUAUCAGGAUUUUAAUUUAAGGUUUCCAACAGAGGAAGACAGGAAAUUCAAAGUGUGACCGGAUAAAAAUCAUGCCUCCCUUUGUCCAGGCUUAUCAGAAGUAAUACAUCUGCUCUGAAUAGCAUGAAUGAAUCAAUGUGCAGUUUUAUCAGAUGGCAUCAUGGAUAAAGAUGAUAAUGCUGCCUUUUCUGUCUCUCAGGCUGUUUCCAUGGAAACCUCUAGAGCCAAAUAAAAGCUAACCAAUCAUUUAGCCAAAGCUUGCCUUGGCUCAUAGACUGGUAUUUCUUUAAGGAAAAUUGUUUUUAUAUAUUUGGCUAUGAGAGCAAAGGCUCUUGAACAUAUCCUGGAUUAUGGAACACUUUUUCCCUUCCCUUUUCUCUGGAAAAAUUAAAUUUUUUUUCUCUCCACCCAGACUGGAGUGCAUUGGCGAAAUCAUAGCUCACUGCAGCCUCCAACUCCUGGGGUCAAGCGAUCCUCCUGCUUCAGCCUCCCUAGCAGCUAGGACUACAGGUGUGCACCACCUUUCCUGGCUAAUUUUUUUUAUUUUUUGUAGAGAUGGGGGUCUCACUUUGUUGCCCAGGCUGACCUUGAACUUAUGGCUUCAAAUGAUCCUCCUGCCUCACCUCCCAAAGUGUUGAGAUUACAGGCAUGAGCCACUGUGCCUGGCCAAAAAAAAAUUUUAAAUCCGUUGUCCGGGGGUCUGUCCUCUAAACAUCCCUCAGAUUUCAGAUAGUACUUUCAACCCUGUCCUAACAGCAGGUUUGCAGUAAUCUCUUAGAAUAUAGCUUGUCAAAUUAGAGAAUGGUUUUACCCCACAUAUUCUCAUAGGAGACAUUAUUAUUUGGAACCCUAAGGUAGACAUGUUUAAAAUCAAAGUCCUAAGAAACAACUUUGGAAAAAUGGAGGAAAUGUUUUUUAAAUCUGUAAGUUUGCACAAUACUGUAUAGUAACUAAAUGCACACUACUCCAUUGUAUCCUGGUUAUUUUAGAAACAUAGAAGGGGCCUAAUUUGGUGGCCAAAGUAACUGGUUUACUUUGAGUAUACCAGCUUAUGGUGCCAUUGAUGAGGAAUUAAAGUAGGUCAAAGUUUAAUUGGAGUUGGUAUUACUUCGUAAAGCUAUUUUUCAAGAGGAAGAAAACCACACUUACUAAUAUUUUCUGUAUCUAAUCAAAUACUCUUCAUAUAUAAUUAAGCCUCAUGUUAUCUUUUUUUAAAAUCCUUAACCUUUUGAACUUCAACUAUGGUCUAAAAGUCUUGAUGGUAACUAUAGUGUAAUUAUCUUUUUGUCUCACUGGAUUUUAUAGUUAGUGGAAAAUGCCCUUACAAAAUGUAUUUAAAAUAGCUCUGUCAUCUCAUUUGUAAAUUUUGUCAUGUAUUGUGAUAUAGUGAACCUUAUUGUCCUUAUGAAGUGGUAGCUUUGUGAAAUACAUUCACCAAAAAUCACAUUUGAACAUCUUUAUGAUUCCUUACCAGCUGAAGCCAGAUAGACAGGUAUCAAUUGAGCUGAUGCCCCACUUGAGUUUAUAGGCUGUUUGAUAACUGCCUGUCCUCCAAAUUGUGUAUGUAUAUGUUAUGAUGGUUUAAUUCUUGAGUCAGGGCCAGCACGCAUUUAUAUUUUCUACUAAUUACCUUGAUAGAAAUAUCUCGGAAAUUGCUGAUCUGGAACGGUUGUGAGAAGACUCCUGGCUUCUUUUUUGCCUCACUUAACAAAUAUUUUAAGGUCAAAGCAAUAUCUGUGCACGGCUUUCCUUUUGCUCCUCCAGACACGUGAGGCUGUUGGUAUAGUCCUCUUCACCCUCUGCAUGUAGCUUCACCCUAGAUCAGACUUUUGUCUCUUGGGUCCCAGAUGGCACAGGAGCACUACAUGCUUGUUUUCUAGAGCCCAGCCAGUCAUGGGUGCUAGCCUAGUCUCCACACACCAGCAAGUAGAACCCAAGUGUAUUGUAUAAAUAUUUCCUGAGUACCAGUAAGAGAAUGCAUUCUUUUCUCAUCUAGGCCAGGAAUGUUGAAAAUGCUCAGCCUUACAUAGAAACUCCUAGAUUUUCAUUAACGCAUUUCACAAAAGUAAAUAAGUAUUUCAUAUGAUUCAGAGGAUGUUUAAAUUGUCAGCAUUUUAAUAAAUACUUGCAUUAUAAUUUUGUCUCUUUUUAAAAAAAAGUCAUACUUGAAUAUAAUUUAUUAAACGUUCAAUGGAGUA